AUGAGUUCCGUGGUGGUACGUGCCGCUAUUGAUGGACAAAGACUGAUAGCUGACAUCGUGCUUGUGUAUCCAGUAUGGAAAGAUUUCAACAAUGGCCAAGUCACGGUAACUGGGGUUGGCAUCUACGACGAAUCUGAGGACUUCAUCGCUCCGGUGGAUUUCAAUGCUCGAUACGAUGAUGACGGAUAUGACAAGCCUAGAGCCGACGAAGUUUUGCUAGAACGGAAGGAUCCCAUCCAGGGCAGGUACGGAUUUGCCAUGCACGCUGCUUGCUGGGCGCUACUAGAAGAAGGGAUGGGGCCCGCCAACACCGUCCCUGUCAAGAGAGUAUUUCAGAUUCUCGACUCGCUUCCUGAAAGACUAGGACUUUUCCAACUUGAUUGUGGCAUCGGUUCCGGAGCCAACGAGGCAUGCCUUCCUUGGGAGCCUUGUCUUCCUUUGCAGUCGCCGGGCGGCCCACCAUCAUCUUCUGAGCCAACCGCUCCAGCUGCGACUGAUGUGAGACGCAAUGAUGAUACAGCUCGCGGGGCCCGCGCCAACCGAGAUCAUAUCGUGGAGCGUGUCAAGGCACUUGUCGAUAUCGUGCGGCUACAUCAUGAAGUCCAAGAACUGGUUUCACCUUGGAACGAGGCCUCUGAGGCUGACGACAAACGUUGGCGCAUGGUAGCUGGAAGUCUGGAGUGUAGUACCAAUGAGAUCAUAUAUCCUCAUCAUGUUGGUUGUCGAGAGCUAUUCCAUAACACGAUUUCCGUCCCUGAAGAUAUCUCACAGGUAUCGGUGUCCAACAUCCGAGAUGGGCAGUUUUGGACCCAGUUUGGGGGUCCAGACGGGGCUUAUCUGGAACACCUGACUCGAGUGUCAUUCUACGACUCUUCCCGUUUGGUCUUGAGUAUGACAGCAACGAUAUUCCGGCUGUCCAUACAUCAUUUGGGAGGGCGGUAA